CCUGGACGCUUCUCUCCACGUGACUGAAGGCGAGACGCCGGUUGUCCCUCUCUUGACUCCCUGCCUGCCGGGUGUGCCGACCGGCCUGGGGUUUGGGGAAUGUGGGGCGCUCUCAGCCCCCCACGCCGGCCCCUGAGUGACCUCGCCGCGCCCCUCCCGAGUCUGCACCCGAGUUAGAGAGGGAGCAGCGGGUUCUCUAGGUAUAAGCCUAUUUAGGGCUAAUCCAGUGGGAGCUCCACGCUUGAGGUUAGCAUCCUGUUGGGUAUGAUUCUUGGAGUAAGAGGUUUAAAAUGAGAUGAGUGACCCUGAGACGUAACGUUUUCUGGUCUUUCACGCUGUGCAGCAGCCUUGGUAACCUCCGAUACAAGCAGGCUGCCACCCGCACAUACAGCGCUUUUGUGUAAAUCAUACAAAGAUGCCCCUUCCUCAGGACACUGUGUAUUCAGCUGCUGGAAAACUGUUAGAGAAUUGAGUGUGGGGUUUAGAUGGGCACAGCCCCAGGAAGCAGCUCUGUCUGCAGGCGGGUUGCUACCUCGAAACCAAGCAAGGGGGUCUGCAAAUCCUUAGUGCAGACGGCUUCUACGGAUCGUCUUCUCUCAAGGCUGUCGCCUUUAAAAGAGAGAAAACUCGGCAAGUUCUCCAAGUGGUGCCUCGGAUCGCCAAAUAGCCUUGGGUGGUUUCCCCUGUGUCCUGGUUAAGAGCAUCCCACACAGCUGGGUUUGAAUCCUGGCAGCUCCCAUCCACUGUGGCACUUUAGGCAAGUUACUUAACAUCUCAGGUUCUUCAUCUGUAAAAUGAAGUUAAGGAGUAAAUGAGAAUGCAUUUAAAAUACUUAGCAUAGGGCCUGGCGCAGAGUAAAAGCUCGAGAAUGCGCGGCGGGACCAGCCUGAGGGAUGCAGCCUGCACGGAAUGGGAGGGACAGGACUAGUUCAUGUUUCACCUGAUUCCGGGGAGUGAGGACUCUACUCAUACCACAGACUACAUAAUAGCUACUUGGCCCUUGGGGACUGACUUCCAUCAUCGGUCAUCGUGGGACCGCUAAAGGACUGGUGCUCAGUAGAAAAUACUGGUCAUGGAUUAGUACUUUACUUCUGCCCAAGGUCACAUGGCCAGUAAGGUGGCCAAAAAAGUGUCAUCUCAGAAUUUGUUUCAGCUGUAAAAUGGACAUGCUGCCCACGGAGGACUGGGUGAAGUCGGGCAGGAAAGCCCUGGGGAUCCCCUAGGCUGUGGUGGGGUCUCAGGAGGGGCCUGCCCGGCUGCCGGUCCCAAGGGCCCUGGGUGUGCUGCUGGGUGCACAGCUGCAGUGACGCCGCCUCCUGCAGGUGAACGUGGGCUUCUGCAUCUUCAGCAUCAUUGUGAUGGCGACGGCCAACUCGCUGAUGUGGACCUUCUUCAGCCGGGGCCUCAGUUUCUCCAUGUCUUCAGCCAUUGCGUCUGUCACGGUGACUUUUUCAAACAUCCUCAGCUCGGCCUUCCUGGGCUUCGUGCUGUAUGGAGAGUGCCAGGAGGCCCUGUGGUGGGGAGGAGUGUCGCUCAUCCUCUGCGGACUCGUCCUGAUCCACAGGAAGACCCCUCCACCCAAGCAGCAGUAGCAGCACUUGGCUGGGUGACCAGCUGGAAAGACACAUGGCGGCUUGGGCUGGCAUGGGGACUGCUUCCCAAGGGGACGUGGGCUGCAGCCUUCCGACCGUCAACCCAAGGGCGAUGCUGCCAGGGGCUGCAGGCUUCUGACCGAGCAGCCUUGAGGGUGGCGGCUGCGGCUGCUCUGAGGGAACCGCACGCAGGGCUCUGCCUGAGGCCAUCUGACCCAUCUGACCCAUCUGCUUGGUGCUCGAGUCGCACCCUCCGGGGCCCCCGGGCCCUUGGCAGGAGCUGGCGUCCCUGGGGUUGGUCUGCCUUGUGGAGGGACUUGAACCACGCUGUCCUUGUAGUCCUGUGUCCUAACAAAGGCCAGUCAGGUGACACGUCGGCGAAUGGUGGGACAUUCUGACAGCCUCCUGCUGUACGGGGCCGGCUGUGUCAUGCUCUGUAUUGUGGCGAGAGAAACGAGUGGAUUAAUACCUUUUUCUAAAUUAAAACUACCAGGUGUGGAAUCCUAAUUCUUUCCUA